AUUGAUAGUAAACUAAUAUUCUAAUUCUCUUCAGGUGUCUUCGUUGCAUUCCUCCCUCUAGUCCUCACGUUAUGUCCCCUCUCUACGGUGCCAGCAUGUGUAAUUGUGUGUCUUGCUUGGAGCCCCCCUGUGGAGCGUCCCAGCAGCCAGGCUCCAGCAGUAAUACCUCGCGCACGUUUCCCUCAAGCUCCCCUUUGUCCCUCCCGGCUUUCCUCCCAUACGCAGCGAGGAAGUUUGCCCACAAUAUCUGUCGCCCCGGAUGGUCGUGGGGAUUGUACCCUUUCAUAGUGCUCUCAUUGUCCCCCGCACUGCAUUCUGGGGGCUCCGUGUGACACCUGCCGCCCACUUCAGGUGAACGGGAGGCGGUGAAAGCCUGCUGCAUCCGAGCCGCUCAGGUCGGAUUUCUGCACUUUUUUUUUCAAAGGGAAGCGACAGCGGGGGUUUCCUCUCUCUCUCUCUCCAUCGUUUCUAUGCCUGAGGAAUUGUUGCAUAUCGCCUCUGCGGAGCUAACCCGGACAGUGCUAUGAGGACGCUCCCCAAAAGCAAAACUUGCGAGGUGUUCUGCGUCUCCGGGCAUGGACACUCCGACUGCUCCGCUGCACAGGGAGAGGGGGAGUUGAAGGAGCCCACCCAGCCACUGAGCCCCCCCACGAAGCCUGAGGACCAGGCAGAGGAGAAGGUGGAGGGGGGGCGAGCUCCAGCCUCCUGGAGGAGAUGGAUGUUGGGCAUCCUGCCUUUAUUUCCCCUCGCUGCUGCCGUCGCACUGACUCUCCACUCCCUCACAUCUCCACCCUCUUCAGUGUUCUUCCUCGGGGGCAGCGUGGAGUUCCCAAACCUGAGCUUCACCUCGGAGCUGACGGACUCCACCUCCCCUCAGUUCCGCCUGCAGGCUCAGGCUUUGAACCGUUAUUUCUCAGAGCUCUACGAGUCCUCUCCAUGUAGCUCUUACUACCUGAACUCAGGGAUUACCGCCUUCAGUGAAGGAGCUGAAGGGCUGAACGUCUUCUACUGGAGCAAGUUCUCCGCCCCGGAUGAUGUUGCUGGGGAGAUCCGGAGGUCGGGUCCAGAGAGGCUGCAGCGCCGGCUUCCAGGCAGCAACAAGGUGCAGCGGGACAGCCGCAACGAGCAGCGCUACUACAUGGAGCAGGACGACGACAUGCUCCACCUGCUGGGUUUGGACCCUGACGACUUUGAAGCAGAUGAAAAAUCAGACAAGAGUAAGAACCCAAACAGCAUCCAGAGUGGGAAGUGGCAGCUUGGCUUCCAAGCGAUGUCCUUCGACCUCUAUGCCAAAUACGGCAGCAACCGCACCCUGAGCCUGGUGAGCCCCAAGAAGCCGUACUACCAGUGGCGUCUCCGCGUGCCAUCGGGUCAUGUGGUCCGCCUGGUCGUCCUCACCCUGCACGGUGCCACGCCUGGGAGCUGCACCGCCCACAAGCUCUCCGCAUACGACUUCUUACUGCCGCUACAGAACAAGAUAAUCGCAAGGUGGUGCGGGCUCCCUAUUUCCGGUUCGUCCCCUGUCAUGAAGCUGACGUCCUCUGGGAACGUGAUGUUGGUCACCUUCUCCUUCAGCCGGCAGAGGGACGGAGCCACCUUCAAAGCUUACUUCCAAGCCAUCCCAAAAGCAGGCUGUGGAGGGUCCAUUUCCUCCUGGAACGGCUCCAUUUCCUCCCCCUACCACCCCUCUUAUUACCCCCCUAACAUAGACUGCACCUGGACUCUACGGGCGCCGUUGCCAGGAUACCUGAUCUCCAUUACGAUAAUGAUGAUGGACAUUCAGGACGCCUCGUCAGAUGGAUGUGAGAAGGACUGGCUGGACAUCGGAGGGGUCAAGCUGUGUAACCCAGUGUCCGAUACCAGCAGGAAGCGGGUGUACUCCUCCCCCAUCUCCCUCCACUUCCAUUCAGAUGAGUCCCUCACUCACAAGGGUUUCUACCUGCUGUACCGAGCCUUCUCUCCAGAGGGCACCUGUCCUCGGCAGUUUCGCUGUGGAGACGGACGCUGCAUCCCUCUGAAGAAGGUGUGUGACGGAAAGAAGGACUGCUCAGAUGGACGAGACGAGGCUAAAUGCUCAUCCUGCAGGCCAGGUGAAGUGCUGUGUGGGAACGGCCAGUGUAAGCCUCAGGGCGGCCAGUGUGUGAGCCAGAGCAACUGUGCAGACAGCAGCGAGGAGGGCGGCUGUGGAGGUAAAUGUUACCACGUGUGUCCCAACAAGGUCUGCCUGCAGAAGUCUUCGGUGUGUGACGGUGUUGUUGACUGCAAAGACCGCAGCGAUGAGCUCAACUGUACCAGAGCGUACCUUAAAGGCUGCUCCUCAUCCUCCUACAAAUGUUCCAAUGGGAAGUGUGUGAGUAAGGUGAACCCUGAGUGUGACGGAGUCAAAGACUGCUUUGACGGCUCUGAUGAGAUGCGCUGUGGCUGUGGAACCAGGCCCAGGAAGAGGACUAAGAUAGUGGGGGGCUCUGAUGCAGGUGCUGGGUCGUGGCCGUGGCAGGUCAGCCUCCAGAUGGAUCGAUACGGCCACGUCUGUGGAGCCACACUGGUGGCUAACCGCUGGCUCAUCUCUGCAGCUCACUGCUUCCAGGACUCAGACGCCAUAAAAUACUCAGAUACCCGUGCAUGGCGGGCCUACAUGGGGAUGCGUGUGAUGGCUGCAGGGAGCAGCGGCGCAGCCACCCGGCCGAUCCGCCGCAUCCUCCUGCACCCGCAGUACGACCAGUUCACCUCCGACUACGACAUCGCCCUCCUGGAGCUCAGCGCCCCCGUCUUCUUCAAUGACUUGGUGCAGCCCGUGUGUGUCCCUGCACCCACACACAGCUUCACAACGGGGACCAACUGCUACGUCACAGGGUGGGGGGUGCUCAUGGAGGACGUUUUGCUUAAAGGUGAGCUGGCCUCUCGCCUACAAGAGGCCCCGGUGAAGGUCAUCAACAGGAACACGUGCAACAAGCUGUAUGACGACGCUGUCACUCCCAGGAUGCUCUGCGCUGGGAACCUGCAUGGAGGAGUGGACGCCUGUCAGGGAGACUCAGGAGGCCCGUUGGUGUGUCUGGAGCGAGGCCGGCGCUGGUUCCUGGCGGGGAUCGUGAGCUGGGGGGAGGGCUGCGCACGGCAGAACCGUCCCGGUGUGUACACACAGGUGGUGAAGUUCACCGACUGGAUCCACCAGCAGACUAAAGGACAGGUGUGACUGAACACCACUCUGACAUGAAGAAUAAAAAGCACACCGGACAGAGGUCUCAGACCUGCAGUCCAUCUUCAGACGGUUGUCAUGUUUUCAUGGCAACACAUUCAGUCCGUUUUUGGGAGCGUGUCCACGGCAACGGGCCAGCACGGGCCAUCAUCACUCCUCCAACAACCAGCUUCCUCAAAAUUGACAUCGGCUAAGGCACAACUAGGUCCCCUGUUUGUUUGUUUCACUUGAUUCUGGGUCAUUAAACAUCAAGAAAAUAGUCGAUUUGGAAUAAAAAAACUACCCAACUACCGUCUGUUACAGAACCCUAAACACAAUGUACAAGAUCAUUUAAUAUAACCGACCUGUGGGUCAACGUGUAAUGCUUUAAAAUGUUAAAGAAGGUCUCCUCAGCUAAAAGGACAAGUCAGGCCAAAGUAUGAUAACCAGCUAGGUCAUCCUGUGCAUGCAAAUAAGUACUUCCUGAUUCCCCCUAUAUCCCUGUCACAGCAAUGGUUCACUAAGGUGACCGUGUCAGGUGUAGCCAACAACAACUGAAUGUGGAAAGAGUUCUCUCCCUAC